AAGCACCACAUCAGCGGAUCCCUGAAACCGGAACACGUUGCCUCCGUUGCGUCAGACGGCGGAGUGGCGGAGUGGACUCAUGUGGGUCUUCCUUGUAUGCUAGCACAAGCUGACGUCUCUUUCUGUUUCAUUCAAAGGGAUGGCCUCUCUCUUCGUGUCCCCUCACCCUGAUGACUUCAGGAGCCUUCUAGCUCUCAUAGCUGCUGAGUUUUGCCCCACGUCCCGUCCCCGGACCGUCACAGAGGACCCCCCCGCGUCACUGAAUGCCCGCUCCAGACCCACCCUGCUGCUGGGCACUCGGGAUGGUGACAGUGUCCUGAGUGGGGCCAACGCUGUGGCCUGGUAUUUGGCGUCACAGGGAAAGAGGGCUGGUGUGGAUGCCAAGCAGCAGAGCCAGGUGUGGCAGUGGCUCAGCUUUGCAGACAAUGAGCUCACCCCUGUGUGCUGCGCCGUGGUCUUCCCACUGAUGGGGAUGAUGGGGGUGGAUAAGAAGCUCCAGCAGAGUUCUCGUGUGGAAAUGAUGCGUGUUCUGAAGGUUCUUGACCAGGCUCUUGAACCUAGAACCUUCCUGGUGGGAGAGAGCGUUACCCUGGCUGAUAUGGCUGUAGCAAUGGCUGUCCUCCUGCCAUUUAAAUAUGCAUUGGAACCACCCGAUAGAAAGGUCUUGACCAACGUCACCAGGUGGUUCACAACCUGCAUCAACCAGCCGCAGUUCCUCAAGGUCCUGGGGAAGACCACCUUGUGUGAGAAGAUGGUGCCUGUUACACCGAGGGCAAACGCUGCUAAUGCCAAUGCUGCUAAUGCCAAUGCUGCUAAUGCCAAUGCUGCUAAUGCCAGUCCUGCUGCUGAUGCCGCCGCCAACGGCCCACCAAAGACAGAAGCCCAGCUGAAGAAGGAGGCAAAGAAGAGAGAAAAGAUGGAAAAAUUCCAGCAGAAGAAGGAAAUGGAGGAGAUGAAAAAGAAGCAGGGACCAACAGAGAAAAAAGCCAAACCUGAGAAGAAGGAGCUGGGAGUGAUCACAUACAGCAUCCCUACCCCGCCCGGGGACAAAAAAGAUGUCAUCAGCCCGCUUCCUGACUCCUACAGUCCCCAGUAUGUAGAGGCUGCCUGGUAUCCAUGGUGGGAGAAGCAGGGAUUCUUCAAACCCGAGUAUGGGAGGAAGAGUAUCAGUGAGCCGAACCCUCGUGGCAUCUUCAUGAUGUGUAUCCCUCCACCUAAUGUGACUGGAUCUCUUCACUUGGGUCAUGCUCUCACCAAUGCUAUUCAGGAUUGUCUGACCAGAUGGCAUAGGAUGCGAGGUGAGACCACACUGUGGAACCCUGGCUGUGACCACGCCGGUAUCGCCACCCAGGUGGUAGUGGAGAAAAAGCUGAUGAGGGAGAGGGGUAUGAGCCGCCACGACCUGGGCAGGGAAAACUUCAUCCAGGAAGUCUGGAAGUGGAAGAAUGAGAAGGGAGACCGUAUCUACCACCAGCUGAAGAAGCUUGGGUCCUCAUUGGACUGGGACAGAGCCUGCUUCACCAUGGACCCUAAACUUUCCUAUGCAGUCCAAGAGGCCUUUAUCCGUAUGCAUGAUGAGGGAGUGAUUUACAGGAGCAAGAGGCUGGUCAACUGGUCCUGCACCCUCAACUCCGCCAUCUCUGAUAUCGAGGUGGAUAAGAAGGAGCUGACUGGCAGGACUCUGUUGCCUGUGCCUGGAUACAAGGAGAAAGUGGAGUUUGGUGUGCUGGUGUCUUUUGCCUACAAGAUAGAUGGAUCAGAUGAGGAGGUGAUCGUGGCCACAACUCGUAUCGAGACCAUGCUGGGAGACACUGCUGUAGCGGUUCACCCUGAGGACCCCAGGUAUCAGCACCUGAAGGGAAAAACAGUGCUGCACCCCUUCUGUGAUCGCAAGAUGCCAAUUGUCUUCGACGACUUUGUGGACAUGAAUUUUGGAACAGGUGCUGUCAAGAUAACCCCAGCCCAUGACCAUAAUGACUAUGAGGUUGGAGUGAGACACAAUCUAGCCUUCAUCAACAUCCUGGAUGAGAAUGGCUUGCUCAUUAACGUGCCUCCUCCCUUCCUGGGUAUGAAACGCUUUGAGGCCAGGAAGGCAGUGCUGCAGGCUCUAAAGGACAGAGGCCAGUUCAAAGAGAUCAAAGACAAUCCCAUGGUGGUGCCAGUCUGCAGUCGCUCCAAGGACAUUGUGGAGCCCCUGCUGAAGCCUCAGUGGUAUGUGAACUGCACAGACAUGGGCAAGGAGGCUGCAGAUGCUGUGAGGGAAGGAAGGCUCAAAAUCAUCCCGGAUCACCACCUGAAGACCUGGUUCAACUGGAUGGACAAUAUCAGGGAUUGGUGCAUCUCUCGGCAGCUGUGGUGGGGUCACCGAAUCCCUGCUUACUUCAUCACUGUCAACGACCCCUCUGUGCAACCAGGAGAAGAUGUGGAUGGUCAUUACUGGGUGAGUGGGAGGACAGAGGAAGAGGCCAGGCAGAAGGCAGCAAAACGCUUUAAUGUGUCUGCUGACAAAAUUUCACUCAGACAGGAUGAGGAUGUUCUGGACACUUGGUUCUCCUCUGGUAUUUUCCCCUUCUCCAUCUUCGGUUGGCCUAAUGAGACACAAGACUUGAGUGUGUUCUACCCUGGCACCCUGCUGGAGACAGGUCAUGACAUCCUGUUCUUCUGGGUUGCCCGCAUGGUGAUGAUGGGGCUCAAACUGACUGGCAAACUGCCUUUCAGAGAGGUGUAUUUGCAUGCGGUGGUGAGGGAUGCCCAUGGAAGGAAGAUGAGUAAAUCUCUGGGCAACGUCAUUGACCCCCUGGAUGUCAUCACAGGCAUCUCUCUAGAGGGUCUUCAUGCUCAGUUGAAGGACAGUAACCUGGAUCCAUUGGAGGUGGAGAAGGCAAAGCAGGGCCAGAAGUCAGACUACCCCACCGGCAUCCCAGAGUGUGGCACAGACGCUCUCCGGUUUGCCCUGUGUGCCUACACCAGCCAAGGCAGGGAUAUCAACCUGGAUGUCAACCGAAUCUUGGGUUACCGUCACUUCUGCAACAAACUGUGGAAUGCUGUGAAGUUUGCCAUGAAGACACUGGGAGACAACUUUGUGCCAUCAGAGAAAGCCCAGCUGUGUGGAGAGGAGAGUGUGUCAGACAGGUGGAUUCUGUCCAGGCUAAGUGCGGCUGUGGCUCUCUGCGGUGCUGGCUUCCAGGCCUAUGACUUUCCAGCCAUCACCACGGCCAUCUACAACUUCUGGCUGUACGAGCUCUGUGACGUCUACUUGGAGAGUGUGAAACCAGUGUUCAGCAAAGCUGAGGAAGACAGUGCCAGCCAGAGACAGGCCCUGGUGUGCAGACAGACCCUUUACACGUGUCUGGAGGUUGGCCUCCGCCUUCUGGCUCCCAUAAUGCCUUUUGUCACUGAGGAACUCUUCCAGAGAUUACCACGGCGACGACCCCAGGACAAUCCCCCCAGCAUCUCUGUGACACCCUACCCAGAAACCGAUGAGUUCUGCUGGCACAGCGAGGAGGUGGACCAUCAGAUGGAGCUCGUAAUGACUGUGGUCAAGACGAUCCGUUCACUCAGGGCCGAUUACAACCUGACCAAGACUCGUGCUGACUGCUACCUCCAGUGUAUAGACUCAGAGACAGUGGCCCUGGUGCAGAAGUACAAUCUGCAGAUCCAGACCUUGUCUUACUCUCAGGCCGUCAUACCUCUGACAGCCAGCCAGCCUGUCCCAGAAGGCUGUGCUGUGGCCAUUGCCUCUGACAGAUGUACUGUCAACCUUAUGCUCAAGGGUCUCAUUGAUGUGGAGAAGGAGGUGACUAAGCUGAUGACAAAGAAAGGAGACUUGGAGAAACAGAUUGAGAAAGUGACAGAGAAGAUGGCAAAGAAUGACUACAAGGAAAAGGUGCCAGUCAAGGUGCAGGAGCUGGAUGCUGAGAAGCUGCGCCAGAGCCAGAUUGAACUGGAGAAGGCAAAAGAAGCCAUAGAAAACUUCAAGAAAAUGAUGUAACUUUCCCCAUAAUUAUGUAAUGUUAGGAUUUCUUAAUAUAUCCAUCUGUUUUCCUUUUUUUGUCAAUGUAUUGUUAAUUUUCAUAUUAAUUUUCAGAGUGGCUCUUAGCAGGGAAGGACUUGAAUAAAGCUCUUAUUAUAGACA